AUGGAUCAUGUGGCACGAAAUCUCUCGAAUGAUGUAGACUAUUCUUCUGAAGCGUUUAUCGCGGCUCUAUUACACGAUAAACCAGAGCAUCAACACUUGGAUGUGCUGACCGACCUUCUGACAAGAGUUUGCGAGAUUGAUGAGCGUGUUGCUUCAUCUAUCAGCGCCGCCUGGCAAUGGAUAUGCCAGAAUAAUCUUUGGUCUAUAAGAUAUGAGAGCCUCAACGACUACCGGAGAGCCAUCGGAUAUGCGGAGACUGUACGACCAAUCGUACAGCGACAUAAGAAAUCAGAGCUAGCGAAACGAUCAAGCACUCAAACAAUCUUUCGGUACUGGAAAGUUCCCUACGAUGAGGCUCUUCCAAUAAAUACCCGCCCACUAACUUGGAGCAAACAUUUGCUUUCCUUGGUAGCCUGUUUGAGCAAACACCGAAGUCAUUCAGACUCACUCUUGCUUCUGGAAGAAAGCAUGAAGAACAGACCAGAACGUGGACGGAAUAAGAAUCGACUCAUGGCAAGUGAUGUUCAACGCGCAUUAGAGACUUUAGGAAUACCACAGACACGCUUGGCAAUACGGGCAUCAAGAAAAUCUCAGAUCUCCUCUCGCUCAGUUCAAAGCAGGGCCACCCAUGACUCGACUGAGGGUGACUCUUCACCUUCCACCACUCAUUCAGAAGCAUUGUCUCUCUCAAAAACACCGUCUCAAGAGGUCUUGUCGUCAGAUAUCUUAUCUACACAAGGGCUACAAACCAACACGGGCCGAAGUGAGUGGCAGUGCUGUGGGUGUAUUCCUAUAUGUUUGCCACUGAUCGCCCUGAUAUCCACCCCUCAGGCGAAGUUCGAAAAGAGGCUUCUGAAGGCAUUGGUGGACUGGGCAUACACAAUAUCAUGGGGUAGUUUUUGCUCCGAGCACCUGGUGCGCCUUGCACGAUUUAUUCCUGAAAAUGAUCCGCGAGAUCAAAACAGAGUCGAUGUAAUUCGGAAUUUGGAGAAAUUCUCCUCGCGUGAAUGCCACAGUUUCAUGAGCAAUGAUUCUUAUAUCUCGACUCCCAACCUUUGUUCAAACACGGAGCUGCUAUGUCGUUAUACUGGGUCUGCCGAUGCGUGGUGGCGUUGGCAAAGAGAUGGAUUUUUGCAUAUCCCCGGCUUCUUCUCCUAUAUGGAAGAGCUCGGUGUGUUCAAACGGGCCCGAAGGUACCUUAACAAAACCGGUACCAGAGAUACCAAUUUGAUACUCAGUCGAAAUGCGGUCUAUAGCAUGAUAUCUCAAAUGGUCCAACGGGAUCCAGCUUAUUAUGCUGUUCUGGUCGCAUGCAGACCGGACCAACAUUGGAAACUUCUUCAUCGCCCAGCCCAGCAUAAAAACAACCCAAUAUUUGAAAACGACGAUAUUGGCUUCGGUGUCCCAAUUGAUUGUAUUAAAUCACUGGUUCAAGGAGAGGGGACAAGCGAUAUCCAGAGCACUGUCAUCUUCCCGACCUGUGAGACAGCUCAAAAAGUCCGACUGAUCCCAGGGUUUCAUCGCCAAUUAAACUCAUGGCUGCAGAGCUCAUUGGAAUUGAAGUAUGGAAAAGCAUACAAGGUAUUUGGUGAAGCUCGGGACAUUCUGGUACAGCCAGGUGAUUUGCUCAUCUGUCUUCCACAAAUCCUCCGAUGGCCAAAGACCUUUGCCUCCUCGAAUUUUCUCAACCUUUCACAGAUUAAACUGGACGACAAAUUUUCCACAAUUACCAAGAAGCUCAGUUUGAGGUGCGAUCCAAAUGGUUCCAAUGAGGCCUGGCAGCAGCCAGAACCGCACUUUCACGAUGCUGAAAGUAUAGGGGAUGAACAUCAUACGGCAAAAGUGGUCCUUCUUGAGGACAGUUGGUGUAGUGCCUCCGGUGCCAUAGGUCAGGCAUUUACAGGUCGUCUUGAUUGGGCUAGCGAUAGAGCGAGCGAAGAAAAGAACAGUGUUCUCGGUUCCCAUGGAGCAACAGCAGUGGAACUUGUCACCAAGUCGCGAGCGCAGUUGGCAAAGCAGUUUCACAAGCUCUGUGAUUCCAUGGAGCGAGAUACAAAUAUGGAAUUUGAUUGCGGAAUGCACACAUGGAAGGAACGAAGCGAUGCAUCAGAAUCUUUUCAAGAUCAAAAUGAUUAUCUUGAGACCCCGGAGUCCUUCAUCAAUCCGUUAAUGUCAACUUCACCUACUUGGAACAAUCCUUCUCUGGAUGAUAUGGUAGCAGACUUGGACAAUACCUAUCCCCAACAGCCCAUGUCUUUUGAUUUGCCUUGA